AUGUUUGAGUGUAACUAUCAUGAACCAAAGAAAGACAAAUUGGAAAACGGUGGCGAACUAGUUAGGCCCGAGCGACCGAACUCCUUAACGGCAGGCAAGCUUCCUAGACGAAUAUGUUAUCAGGGAGACGUGAGCGGCUAUGGCGGCGUGGGCGAAGGCGACAACGAGCAGCUGAUGCUGUCGGACUUGCCGGAGCCGCCGAUAGCGGUGUCGGAGAUCGGGCCCAUCCCACCGCCGCCGAUGUUCAGCUCUCCGAGCCCCACGCGCCACCACCACCAGCACCAGCACGCGCUCGCCCACCACACCCUCUCCGACUCCGAGGAGGAUGACGAGCCGGAGGACGACGAUGCGGAGCCGCCGAGCGCGGACACGUCGCGGGUCGAGGAGAUCCCGCCCAAGGAGCCGCUGUUCAACGCGGUGCCGCUCAAGUCGGCGCUCAAGAAGCGGCCCGCGCCCGCCGCCUCGCCCGCCGCGACACCCCUGGCCACGCCGCUCGCGCCGCGCCAGGACCACCACCACGCCAGCUUCAAACGGCCGCCGCCAAAACCGAGGAUCCGCAUAUGCAGCCGGCCGGUGCGCGUGGGUAACGCGGCGGAGAACAAGGAGAACGCCCGCCCCUGGGACGAGUACCGCGACGACUACGCGACGGAGUCGGAACGCGUCGCCGCCAAGCUCGCGCGCAAGGAGAGCCUCAACAUCAAGCUGGCGCUGCGGCCCGACCGCCAGGAGCUGAUCAACAGGAACAUCCUGGUGGUGCAGAGCGAGCACGAGAGGCAGGAGUCGUGGGAGGCGAUCGGUGCCCGGCUCAUCCGUCGGCUGUCGAUGCGUCCCACUGCCGAGGAGCUCGUCGAGAGGAAUAUACUCAAAAGUCAGUCCCCCGCCGAGGAAAAGAAACAGAAGGAGGAGAAGAAACGCUACCUGUUGCGCAAGCUCAGUUUCCGGCCCACCGUCGAUGAGCUCAAGGAGAAGAAAAUCAUCCGCUUCAGCGACUACAUCGAGGUGACGCAGGCGCACGACUACGACCGGCGCGCGGACAAGCCGUGGACGCGCCUCACGCCGCGCGACAAGGCCGCCAUCCGCCGCGAGCUCAACGAGUUCAAGAGCUCCGAGAUGGCCGUGCACGAGGACAGCAAGCACCUCACCAGAUUCCAUAGACCA